GUGGAGCGAACCCGUGUCACAAAGAAGGAGGGGAGGGAGUUGAGCUUUGCCAGCAGUGAGAAAGUCAGGCUGUCUCGCAGUGCCAGAUUUCCACUUGGUUUUCUGGAGGUUUGGGUGACAAGUUUGGCCCGUGGCAUAAGGUAUGUGUGCGGCACGCCACCCUACAACAGGCCAUGAAUAUAUAUAGUGUAACGCUCAACGGACCUGCUCCCUGGGGUUUUCGGCUUCAGGGAGGCAAGGACUUCAACAUGCCCCUGACCGUGUCAAGACUGACCCCAGGCGGUAAGGCGGCCCAGGCCGGAGGGGGUGUUGGGGAUUGGUUGGUGUCCAUCUCUGAUGCCAAUGCAGAGGAGAUGACCCAUGUGGAGGCACAGAACAAGAUCAGAGCCGCAACCAACUCCCUCGCUCUCACUUUGAGCAGAGCUUUUAAUCCUGCCGGAGGAGAGCAGAACGAUUCACACGCACCUGCAUCCAGUCAGCCCAAGUACUCAUUUGCACCGAGCACGACCAUAAACAAGAUGGCGCGUCCAUUCUCUGCAGCCCCUGGCAGUGGCAGCAAGGGGCCUGUCAUCAAGCCGGUGUCGUACGCCCCCAAGCUUAACCUCAACUCGCCGCAGCCUCACAAUGGUCAUGGAGUAACACCCUGUCCUGCCGAGUCCAAGCCAGCAGACAAACCUGAUGAAGUUCAAGCGCAGGCUAAAGCACCAGCUGAUUCCGGUCCAACCUGCCGGCCGCCAUGGGUUACGGAUCCCAGUUUUGCAGACCGUUACCACCCAGACAAGACCAGCACAGUGGUGACGCAGCACAAGAAGCCAGUCCAACCCACUCCCAUGCAGAACCGCAGCUCCAUCAUGCAGGCAGCGCAGCAGAACCCUGGUGACUCCAGCGGCUGCACCCCGCUCUGCGCCGCAUGUAACAAGAUCAUUAGGGGACGCUACGUAGUGGCGCUUGGUCGUUCCUGGCACCCAGAGGAGUUCACGUGCUGUCAGUGCAAAAGGGUGUUGGACGAGGGGGGCUUCUUUGAGGAAAAAGGAUCCAUUUACUGCACCAAGUGCUACGACAACCGUUACUCACCCAACUGUGCCAAAUGCAAGAAGAAGAUAACUGGGGAAAUCAUGCACGCCCUGAAGAUGACCUACCACGUACAAUGCUUCCUGUGUGCUGCCUGCAAAAUGCCCAUCAGGAACCAGGCCUUCUACAUGGAGGAGGGAGAGCCCUACUGUGAGAGAGACUAUGAAAAGAUGUUUGGUACCAAAUGCCAUGGCUGUGACUUCAAGAUUGAUGCAGGAGACCGUUUCCUUGAGGCGCUGGGCUACAGCUGGCAUGACACUUGCUUUGUCUGUGCCAUCUGUCAAAUUAAUCUGGAGGGGAAGACGUUCUUUUCAAAGAAGGACAAGCCAUUAUGUAAAAGUCAUGCUUUCUCUCCGGUGUGAGGCUCUGCUGUUUGCCAAGGAGGGGCCGGAACAGAGACUGGGGGGGUCUAUAGCUAUGCCAAACAAGACCAAGUACUUUACUUGAAGCCUGUAACAUACGCUGACUGACAGAGUGAUGGAUAUAGUAGCUCCGCUCUUUUUCACCGGCUGUUAUAGUAAACAGCUAUAUCAGCAUUUACUAAGUAUGUGUCAUUCAGCAAAGCACGGACCUGAAUUUUUGGGAGCUUGCUUCAGUAAGCCGACAGACUGCCCUCAGUUUUGCUAUGUUACGAUGCCAGUCAUUCAACUGGAAACAGCUUGUGAACUGUUAGAACCACCAAUGCCAGAUGUCGGAACAGAUAGCAAGGUAUUUGGAUGCAGUAUUUUAGCUGUCCCUCCUCAUCCCACUCCACCUCCACAAGUACACCUACAGUAUUCAUGACACCUUGUCAAUCCAAAGAAAAUAGUAAAGUGAGCAGUAUAAGAGCGUACUGUCACUUUUUGAUAUACAGUAGUUUGUUUCAGUAUCCGUCAAUUUGGCAUCUGAGUGAAUCUCACAAAACAUGUUAUGUUCACAUUUGACCCCAUUUUAUAUUGCAUAAAGAAAAUUAAGCCAUUUGUAUGAAUUUUUGUGACUUUAUUUCCAUGACAGUUGAGUACGUUUUCCCUCCAAAUGACGCUGUAAUUCAAAAAUAGAUUAAAAAAAAUUCUACAUAAUAGUAUUUGUUUUAACUGCCUUAAUGCUGAUUUUAAUACAGUAAAAUUAAUAUAUAUAUAUAUAUUGUAAAAUGUGACACUUUUUUUGUGAGAUUCGUUCAUCUUGUCUGCAUUUGGGUGUGUAUUUAUCAGUCAAAAUUCUAUCCUCUCUUGUCACAAAUAAGGACAAAGCAUUUCCCAUGUAAUGAGUGAAGCAAUCUAGUUGUACUCUGAUCCAUACAAUCCAUUUAGUAGGCUAAAGCAUUGAGCAUGUGAUCUAGUCAGACAGGAUCUUAAAGUGGCCCCUCAAUCCUCUAGAUGCAGUGCAGCCUACUUUUUUUGCUCUGCCUGAUUUGCUGUGCCAGGGUACUUAAGGUAAUGGUAAACCACAUAGGAAUAAAACACCCCUGGCAGCUACACUGAAAUACAUUAGCACUGAUUGCAUGCGUUUCAUCCUGACUCAACUAAUGGUCUCUACAUGGCUUAAAUACUAAAUAUGUCACAUUCAUCUGUUCUAAUCAGAUAGGUAGUUCUAAUUAUGGAAAGGCCUGUGAUACCAUAAAAACACUCCACGUUGGUGCAAAUGGAUCCGGCAAUAGUCACUUAGAGCCUUUGUUCGUAUUUGCUUGCUGUUAUUUAACGCUCUGUGGCCAUUUUGGUGGUUUUUUGCAAGGUGCAAGUGCCAAAGGUGAGGGCAUGGAAAGCCUUUUUUUUUUUUUUGAGCAAUCCUGAUUAUGGAUAUCACCAGUGUAUGCAUAAUCUUAUGGCGUUUCCAAACAAUGGUUCAGAG